CUUCAUGACAGACACCCAGCGUCUUCGCACGCCUUCAUUCAAGAUUAACCUGCACUCCCCGAGUAAGACUCGCCGCAGCGAUGCGGUGAAGAACAUUACAGAGCGGAGGGCCGGGCAGUAUUUGGCGGACAAAGUUCUCUGCGUACACGCCGACUUCCCGAGCCAAUCACACAUCGGCUGAUAUGGGGACCGGUUUACCCUUUGCCAACGAUUGGAUGAGCUAUCACCGAGACGAAGACGAAGCUACGAUAUGCCCAGAUUGUCAUUGGGCGUCCAUCAUGAAACUGGCGCUGUCUUGAUACCAUCAUGUUGACCCCCAACACACUCUUGCGAGUCCUUCGCCUUCCGAAGUUAUCCUUGAUCAUUUACAAGCGACUUUCGGCGGCGACUUUACAAUGGCUACGAUACCUCUUAUCACUCUGGAACGCGUCGGUCGCGAAGUGGAAAAGAAAGUACUUGUUGAAGGGUGCCGCAGAUAGUGGCCUUCCUUCGAUAGCAUACAUCAUGGGUGGGGGCAGAGGCGACCAUGUCACCAUACAAUGUUCCGAAGUUGGGGGUUUUGCCUUGGAUAAUACACAGCCUAUCAUACCAGCUCCCACAAGUACUCCCGCAGCUCCGGUGUCUCUCGUGGGCAAUGACUCGAACGCGCCCCAAAUGCAAUCCCUGUUAAACGAGGGGAAUAAACUCUCCGCUCCCAAGCCUCCCUGGCACCCACCCACAGGAACGCGAUCGCAGGAGUUGCGGUGCUGCGCACCUCCCCUCAGGAAACCACUGUUCACGACAAAAGCGCUCCAUGACAUAUUGUGCAUGCUAUUUUUCCUUGAUCAUCCUGGAGUCAUCGGGCGCUGCUUGAAGAUCACACAAGUUGGUUAUGAAACCGACGUAGGGAACUGGAAAGUGUUCUGGUGCAAGUUCCGAAAUGAGGUCGAGAACACUAAUUUGCUUGCAACCGUCCUGCUAGCUGCUAAUAUAGGAUUUCUCGGUAUCCAAUCUGUCGAUCACCAGGGGUUGACUUACUGGCCCGAGAGGUUAUGCUACAUGUCUCUACUGUGCGCACUGGGUAGUAUCUUGAUGGGAAUAACCGUCCGAACGCCGAGAUUCUUCACGGCUCACUCGCCGUUCUACUUCAAAGUCAUGGUACUGAUUCUAGACGUCCCAUUCGAGUUCUUCUUUUACGGCCUCCUUUUUACCGCUGCAAUUGUGGUACAUCUAGGCAAGAAUGCCGCAGUGACUCAGGUUUGCUGGGGCGCGUUUGUCAUUACCCUCCUCAUCGCGUCUCUCGUUUUCUACUGGCUUAUAACGGAGCCACUCGAUGGACAUCUGGCUUCUUCCAUAAAAAGCAUGGACCGUGAAGAUAAGGAGGCUUUGUAAUUCGAGCAUAAGGAUUCCGGGGCAGGAGAAAUUUUUCUUGGCAAGCAUCGUCAUUUAUAUCUUCGUACCAUGAAAAGUGGGAGUGAUCUGUUCUCCAAGAUUGAUACCUUGGAGCACAGGACGCAUGAAAGUUUUUAUGCAUUUCAGUGUCGGGUAAAUUUAUCGAAGUUCUUGAUUUGUGUCCACCCCAU